UAAAGAAUACUGCGGAGUGCCGAGUCAGCGUCCCAAAGAAGAAGAACCGGUCUCGGCCCCGACCAAUCCAUUCCCAUGAAUUUCGCUCCCGUAUUUAACUCCCAAACCUUUCAUCCUUUUUUAUCCUAAAACAUCUCUCUUGUCCUUCUUUCACUUUCCUCUCAUUUUUUCCUCUCUUUCAUUGUUUUGCUUUCUCUACACGGAUUCCCCUGAAUUAUUCCAACAGAAAUGCCGGGAACCGAGUACCAAGGCUCCUUCUUGGGGCGAAUCAGCAUCAGGCGGAACCAAGUCAUCGCCAUGGAUGGUAACCACGAGCAAGAGCUUGAAGACUUAGAGCUCUUCCAAAAGCACGUUUCUGAUCGCUUCACCGAACUCUUAUCUCCUCCAGAUGACGUCCCUGUUGAUGCCCUUCUCUCAAUUUCCUGGCUACGCAAACUCCUCGAUGUGUUUCUGUGCUGUGAAGCCGAAUUCAAGGCUAUUCUCAUUAUGGGUCAUGACCCGUCUCAGAUCUCCAAACCUCCUCUCGAUCGCUUGAUUCCUGAGCUUCUAGACCGGGCCGUGAAGGCUUUAGACGUUUGUAAUGCGGUUACCAACGGGUUGGAGUUAGUUAAACAUUGCCAAAAACUGGCGGAGAUUGCCGUUUCGUCUUUGGACCAAAACCCCAUCGGCGACGGGCAGGCGAGGAGGGCUAAAAAGGCCUUGAAUUCUCUGAUGUCAGCAGUGAACCUUGAUGAUAAAGAUGGCACUAAUACUAAAACGACGGAGAGGAGCUGGUCGUUCGGUCGCCGAGGUGGUAAUAAAGAACGGGCGCCGGGAUAUUUCAGGUCACUUUCUUGGCAGGUGGCCAAGAAUUGGUCAGCCGCGAAACAGAUUCAGGCCAUGGCUACCAAUCUCGUUGCGCCACGUGGGGCAGAGGCUUCCGGUUUGGCCUCCCCUGUUUAUAUAAUGAGCGUGAUUAUGGUUUUUGUUAUGUGGGCAUUGGUGGCUGCGAUACCUUGUCAAGAGAGGAGUGGGUUGGCUACUCAUUUUCCGGUUCCGAAGCAACUGAGCUGGGCCCAUAGCAUGAUUGGGUUACAAGAGAAAAUUGGCGAUGAGUGGAAGAAGAAGGAGAAGAAAGGGAUGGCUGGUUUAUUAGAGGAGAUGCAGAAAAUGGAGAAACUCGGUCAGAGUUUGAUUGAGUUUACAGAUUCUUUUCAGUUUCCUGGAGAGACAGAGAAAGUAGAGGAAGCGGCUGCACAGGUGGCGGAAUUAGCGGAGACUUGUCGGAGAAUGGAAGAAGGAUUGAUACCUUUGCAGAUGCAGAUUAGGGAAGUUUUUCAUAGGAUUGUAAGAACUAGAAGUGAGUUUCUUGAUGUGUUGGACCAAGCUGGGAGAUCAUCUGCGCCACUCGUGUAACUAUGUUGGACAUUUUUAUCAAUUGCUCUUGGCCGGGACAGGGCCUUGAAUUUUACAAAAUUUUGAGGUAAUGGUUUGAUCUUCCUAGGUUCUAUUUUCUUCAUGGGUGUCCUGUCUAAUUUGGCCCAUGAAGUUAGGGACAGAUGAACCAGCAAGAUUGGGGUUUUUCCUUUUUAAAAUUAACAUAGGCUUCAGCCACUAAGGUUGUGAUGAAGCAAGCAUUUCCUGUGUUAAACGUACACUUUUUUUUAAGCUUUGGCCCUGUGUUUAAUAUAUGUUAACUGUUAGUAUUUGAUUUGAGUAUACAGAAGCUUUUCUUGUCAGGAAAAUGUAAAUACUCAAACUACUACUAUAACAUUUUGUAUUUGAAGAAGGAAGUGAGAGUUUCUCACUUUGCAGAAAGUAAAUGUAUGUUGGAUUAACAUUUUCA